CGAAAGAACCCAAAUUAAUGAAACUAAAGAAACACGUACCGCCUCUGACUCAAUCAGAAGUUUAUCAUCCACAACCACAACUGCAUACAUUGCGAAAUAUGGGAAGAAAUUUUAUUGCGGGAUAUACGCUACAAUAAACCUUGUUUGUGGUGGUUUGGAAUCUCGUAACCCGCCGUAUCUUACUGUCUAG